UCGAGCCCCGCCAAGAUGGCUGCCCCCGCGGUGAGGGCUGCGCGAGGCUGGUCCGGCCUGGCGCUGGGCGUGCGGAGCGCUGUCCUGCGGCUUCCGGGGCUAACCCAAGUGAGGUGGAGCCGCUAUGGUCCCGAAUACAGGGACCCCCAGAUUGACAAGGAAUAUUACCGCAAGCCCUUGGCUGAGCUGAAGGAGGAGGAGAAGUAUGAGCGCGAGCUCAAAAAGACUCAGCUCAUCAAAGCUGCCCCAGCGACCAAAGCAAGUUCUGUGUUUGAAGAUCCAGUGAUCAGUAAAUUCACCAACAUGAUGAUGAAAGGAGGAAACAAAGUGCUGGCCCGCUCCCUCAUGACACAGACUCUGGAAGCUGUGAAGCGGAAGCAGUUUGAGAAGUACCAUGCUGCCUCUGCGGAUGUACGGGCAACCAUCGAACGCAACCCUUACACCAUCUUCCACCAAGCUCUGAAAAACUGUGAGCCAGUGAUUGGGCUGGUACCUAUCCUCAAGGGUGGCCAUUUCUAUCAGGUCCCCGUGCCUCUGGCUGACCGGCGCCGCCGCUUCCUGGCCAUGAAGUGGAUGAUCACUGAGUGUAGGGAGAAGAAGCACCGGCGGAUGUUGAUGCCAGAGAAGCUGUCCCAGGAGCUAAUAGAGGCUUUUCACAACCGGGGUCCUGUGGUCAAGAGGAAGCACGACAUGCACAAGAUGGCUGAGGCCAACCGGGCCCUGGCCCACUACCGCUGGUGGUAGGGGAGGGUGGCGCUCUGGGAGGGUCCAGGGCCCCAGAGGACACCAUGGGCGCUCUGCCCCGAUGCACAGUACCUGGGGGCCAAGGGUGACGUUCCGUUGUCCGGAGGACUGCCUGCCCUGGAGCAACAUUUGCUCGUUAGUUCUUUCUUUGGGGACUGAAAUCGCUUUCGCGCCCCAUCUCCCUGCACAAAGGGAACCUAGCAACUGGGGUUUCCCCCAAGAACCUUGGGGCCCACUCAGUCUUCUCUUCCCUUGGCUUGGGAUAGACCUUGGGGUGACAGGCAAGGAAGUUGUUUUAGUAACAAAUGGUUUAUUAGAAAAUCUCACCCCGAGCGGGUGUGGCACUGACGUGGCUGCCAUUCAUUAAAACUGACGAGAUCACAGGCUUGCUUCCAAGGUGGUUCUUGUACAAA